AUGAACCUGGAUGCUUUGUUCCAGCAAAUACAGCUCACAGAGAUGCAGGCGAGGGAGAAGAGACGCCUCAUCCAACAAGCUAAACUCGACAUAAAGAGAAGUUAUGAAAAAAUGAACCAAACAAAAGAAGAGCUGAGCACUGCAAAAAUGAAAUUAGAAACUAAGGUUCAACUUCUGUCUGAGAAACAGUUCUACUUAGAAAUUCUGAAGAAACGUGAAGACAGCUUAGAAAAACAGAAAGCUGAACUUAUUAAUCAAAAAAGCAGUCUUCUUAAAAUCUCUACAGUUGCAAAGAGAAAAGUGACCGAAGAGGAAGAUAAUUUUACUAGAGAAUUAACAGAGUUUAAUAAUGAGUAUGGACUAACAAGUAAUAGAGAUCUUCUGAUUAAAAAAAAAGCCAAGACUGAAAUAAAUGAUUUAGAGAAUGAGGCAGCUCUGUUGAAAAAUGAAAUGGAGUUAAUGGAACAUAAAAAUGUUCAGUUAAAUGCACUCAAGCUGCAAAAGAAUGAAUUAAAGCAGGAUUUAUUUACUCUCCAAAGCAAACUCAAAGACCUUGAGAAAGUAAUCAGGGAGGCUGAAAGAAUGACGAAAGAUUUAGAAGCAGAAAAAGUCCAAGUCACUGAAAAAUGUCAGACUGAUCCUGAAUGUUUAAGGCUUAAGAAAGAAUUGGAAAAUUGCAAAGAUGAUGAUUGGGAAAGUAUCUGCGAGACUCUUCGAACAGAAAUUGAAAUUCUGCAAAUGCAUCUAUCACAAAAAAAGUCAUCAGACAAGUAA